AUGGCUAUGCGUCGUCACAAGAAGAGAUCGAUCAAGUUUCUACAUGGAUCUACUAUUCAUCCAGGAGUUUCCAUGACCCAUUGGAAGAAUGUGGAAAUCGAUAAUGGUGCUUCUUUGUAUGACAAAAAGCAUGUUGUUGUGAACUCUAAAACAGUCAACAGCAUCCGCAACAACAAACGUCGCAAACUUAACAUUGUAGAGCCAAACAAUCCUGACAAAACAUUCAUAUCAAGUCGUGAGACGGCAAUGGAUGCUGAGCUGAAACUGUUUGCCGAUCAAAUAGCCCUUUCAGCACAAGAGAGGGAGCUACGCACCAAAGUGUUUGAAGAUGUGCGUGAUCUCAUCUUGUCAAGUUUUCAGGAUGCCACAGUGCAGCUCUACGGAUCGUCUAGCACGGGACUUGAUACGUUUCGGAGUGAUCUUGAUAUUACGGUGGGCAACAUUACGCUGGGAUCUUUGUCGCAGCACUUGCCAACAGUGGUGCUGGUUGAUGAAGAGGAGGAGGGUUAUGGAAAGUUACAGCAGCAGAAAGGAGCGGCUGAUGCACAUCUGAACGUUUCCGGUUCUGGACAGGCUCAAGAAGAGGAAACCUCAUUCUCACUGAAUUUGGCACUGCCUGUUGGGAUAACUGCCUCGGUCGACAAUGCCCAUAUUACUCGUCGUGGGCAGCCCACAGCAGCUUCGCACUGGAACCCGACGCUUCGCAGGCGUAAAAUCCGCGUCUUGCGAGCACUGCAAAUUUUGUUGAAAUCACAAAGACCCCAUUUCCAAGUGAAGUGUCUGCAUAAAGCCAAGAUUCCCAUUCUUAUGGUGUUGGACACAAAGACCAAGUUGGCGAUUGAUAUUGGCGUCAACCGUGAGUUGUUUGAGGUCAGUGAGCAUGGGCGGUCAACGAUUCUUGCAAAAAAACUGCAAAGCACGCUAGGUGCACCGUUUACAACCAUAAUUAUGUUCCUGAAAGAAUUUCUGCACCAGUAUGAACUUGAUAAACCUUUCACAGGAGGACUCGGUAGCUUUCGGCUGUACAUGAUGGUGGCAUUUAUUUUUCGACGCUGUGUCUCAAAGCGCAAAAAUAAAGCACGCCCGCCAGUAUCGUCCCUCCUGCUGACAUUUUUCGAGCUGUUUGGCAACAAGAAGCAACCCAAAUUCCUGCAUGAGAACACACAGCUGCCGCUUCCUUUUGGAUAUGGCGGCCACAUGAGUUUUGGUGGUGUUUUCCGCAUCGAUGACUGUGUGGAGACAUUUGCAAUGGCAUUUGACAUUUUGAGCUCCACGGGCAAUAUCGGAUCCAUUAUUUAUGAAGACCGACUGGAGGAGGAUCGCAAAAAAUGCCAGAAAAGCAUCGACCAAUGCGUCAAAGCUGACAGAGGUAGCCCGAAGAGAAGUGGCAACAUGUAG